ACUUCAUUUGACGCAGCAGUGACAUUUUAGGACACUCUCUGCUUCCAGUUUCAUUGACGUUAAGAUGUGAAAUGAAAAUUUGCUGAGCUGCUGGUGAAAUAGAAACCCUAACUAUUAGUGCAAAUAUUAGGGGGACAGCUGGAACAAAGGUCAGUCCUGCAAAUUUCUGAAUCAGUCAUUCUUUUCGCGCGAAAGACGGCAUAAAGAAGAAGAUAUAUCCCGCCUUCGCUAGAACAUAUUAAUAGAGUUAUGUUACUAAGUGAGCAAAUCAGCUAGAAGAAACUGAACGGCAAUGUCGGACAAAGUGAAUACAACGAUGAAUACAAUGCAGUCAUCGAGAUGCCCCAGCAAUUCUACAGCAGAAAAAAUUGGAUCGAUCUUUGCUUACUGUCUGAUUUUUCUUGUUUCGCUGGCUGGGAACACCGUCAUCGGAAUAAUUGUCUUCAAGACGCAGACCAUGAGAAAACCCAUCAACUUUUUCAUUGUAAACAUGGCCAUGUCCGAUAUCAGGUUACCGAUAUUCAAGAUUCCUCAGCUUAUACAAGUACUGUAUAUAGACUCCUGGCUGAUCGAUGGUCCUCUUGGCCAGGCCUUAUGUAAGCUGGUUUACUUCUUGAUAGGUGUUUCCUUUCUUGUGUCUAUUCAAAACCUGGUUCUGAUAGCAGUGGAUCGAUUUGGUGCUGUGGUAUUUCCUCUCCGUUCUCCACUCAUCUCUUCAAAGUUGUGCCCGUUCUUCAUUAUCGCCUCUUGGAUCGUCGCUAUAGCUGUUAACUCCCCAAAGCUCUUAAUAUUCAAACUUGUUGAAUAUCCAGAAAAACUGGUUUGUAAGCGGCGUUGGAAUGAAGUUUUUGGAGAAUCCUCAUCACCGGCUCGCAAGAAUUACCUCUUGUCUUUUACAGUUGUAUUCAUGUUUAUCCCAUUGGUGUUGCUAGCCAUACUUUACAUUAUCAUAUAUCUAAAGCUCAAGUCACAGAAGAUUCCAGGCGAGCAAUCAGCCAACGCUGGACAACAACGCCAGCAAAGGGAGCGAAAUGUGUUAAAGAUGGCCGUUGCUAUAGUGUUAGGGUUUGUAAUGUGCUGGCUUCCCCUUGCUAUCUGGCUUAUUCUCCUCAUGUUUACGGACACCAUCAUAUGGCCGAAUUGUGCCUUCCGAUACUCUUUCUAUAUUGUCAAUUUCAUGGCUCUGGUAAAUUGUGCCAUAAAUCCUUUCAUCUGUUUUAUUUUCAGCAGAAAUUAUCGUAAAGAACUUAAGGCUCUCGUUAGAUGAAUUAUUUUGACUUCCGCCGUCGCUGAAGAUACUUAUGUAUAGUAGAGAGGUUCAGUCGACCUAACACUCGUGAAAACCUUAAUUCAAAACUGCCUUAAUUAAAUGUUAACUAUUGGCUUAAAGAAACUUUGCAGAUUAAGAAAUGGUAGGCUUGCACCUUGCAACUAUCGAGUUAUUGAUGCACGCGGGAGGUUGCUAAGCACGACAGAAGCGUAA